AUGUCUUGGAUAUUUGGAAGCAAUCGUGGGCCUAAUCAACCAGGCGGUGUACCAGUUGUUCCGGUGCCUUCUGGUGGUGGAGACGCUUCUGGAGGAGGUGACAAAGAUGGCUCGGGUGACAAAAAAUGGAGUGGAUUCGAUCCUACUGGUUUAGAACGUGCUGCUAAAGCUGCUAGAGAAUUGAAUGCAUCACCGCAUGCCAAGAAUGCUUUAGAAUUGAGUCAAAUGCAAGAGCAAACAAGGCAGUUAGAACAGCAAAGACACAUUAAGGAACAAGAAGCUGCAAUUCAUCAAUUACAAUCGGAAAGAGUACGUAUUGAACAAGAAGAAAAGAGGAAAACUUUACAAACUGAAACACAACAUCAUCAGCAGAGGGCACAAUACAACGAUCAAUUAGCUCGGAAAAGAUAUGAAGACCAACUACAACAACAGAAACGUGUAACUGAAGAAAAUUUAAGAAAACAAGAGGAGUCUGUUCAAAAACAAGAAGCCAUGAGAAAAGCUACCAUUGAGCACGAAGCUAAAGUACGGCAUGAAUACGACAUGCAACGAAUGCGGGCUGAAGUACGCGAGAAAGCUAAAACCGAUAGGGAAAAUCAAGAUUUAACGUUAGAAAAAAUAAGAGUAAAAGCCAAAGAACAACGUGAUACAAUAUUGCAAUCAAUAAGAACUGCAUCAACAGUUCUUGGAGAAGGUGCUUCUGCUUUCAUAUCGGACUGGAAUAAGAUAACCGCCACUAUUGGGGGACUUACUUUAUUGGCCUUAGGUAUUUACAGCGCUAAGCAUGGUACUGGUGUAAUUUCAAGAUUUAUUGAAGCUAGACUUGGCAAGCCUUCUCUCGUCAGAGAAACUUCUCGUAUGACUCUAUUUGGUGGGAUGCUUCGACACCCAAUACAGUAUUACCGCCGAAGAUUUACCAAGCCGGAAGACGCGCUAGAAGGUAUUAUCUUAAAGUCUACUCUAGAAAAACGUUUAAGAGAUGUAGCAAUUGCAACCCGAAAUACCAGAAAAAAUGGUGGAGUAUACCGGAAUUUAUUAAUGUAUGGACCUCCUGGAACUGGAAAGACUUUAUUUGCAAAGAGUCUUGCUAAACAUUCUGGGAUGGAUUAUGCAAUUAUGACUGGUGGAGAUGUUUUACCUUUGGAAAAUGAAGGCGUCAGUGCUAUUCAUAAAGUGUUCGAUUGGGCUAAAACCAGUAGACGUGGAUUAAUGUUGUUCAUUGACGAAGCUGAUGCUUUUCUUCGAAAACGUAACACUGAAACUAUGAGCGAAAAUCUUCGAAGCACAUUAAAUGCCUUCCUUUAUCGUACAGGAGAUCCAUCAAAGAAAUUUAUGUUGGUUCUUAGUAGCAAUCAACCAGAUUUGUUCGAUUUUGCCAUAAAUGAUCGAAUUGACGAAAUGGUCAAGUUUCAUUUACCGGAUCAAGUGGAAAGAGAAAGGCUAAUACGAUAUUACUUUGAUAAAUAUGUACUGCAAGCAGCGGAGAAAAGAGGAACAAGCCGCUUAAAAGUUGAAUCGAUGGACUUUAAUAGUAAAGUGAAGGAAAUAGCGAAAAAAACUGAGGGGCUAUCUGGACGUGAAAUAUCAAAGCUCGGUGUUGCAUGGCAGACAAGCGCGUUUGUAACUGAUGAUGGAGUAUUAACAGAAGAUGUUAUUGAUGCUCGUGUAAACGAAAUGGUAGACCAACAUAGGCAAAAGAUUGAAUGGAAAACGCAAAUUGAUUAA